GAGCUUCUUUCUCCUAAAGUAGGUUGCCAGCGGGAGGCGGCGGCUGCUCCUCCGCAGUGUUGGGAAGAUGGCGCCGCCGGUGACGGAGCGGGGGCUGAAGAGCGUGGUGUGGCAGAAGAUAAAAGCAACAGUGUUUGAUGACUGCAAGAAAGAAGGCGAAUGGAAGAUAAUGCUUUUAGAUGAAUUUACCACUAAGCUUUUGGCAUCGUGUUGCAAAAUGACAGAUCUUCUAGCAGAGGGUAUAACUGUUGUGGAGAAUAUUUAUAGGAAUCGAGAACCUGUCAGACAAAUGAAAGCUCUUUAUUUUAUCUCUCCAACAUCAAAGUCUGUAGAAUGUUUUUUACGUGAUUUUGCAAGUAAGUCCGAGAACAAAUACAAAGCAGCAUAUAUAUACUUCACUGACUUUUGCCCUGAUAGUCUCUUUAACAAAAUUAAGACUUCUUGCUCCAAAUCAAUAAGAAGAUGUAAAGAAAUAAAUAUUUCCUUCAUUCCACUUGAAUCUCAGGUUUAUACUCUUGAUGUACCGGAUGCAUUCUAUUACUGUUACAGUCCGGACCCUAGUAAUGCAAAUGGAAAAGAUGCCGUUAUGGAAGCAAUGGCUGAGCAGAUAGUUACAGUAUGUGCUACCCUGGAUGAAAACCCUGGAGUAAGAUAUAAAAGUAAACCUCUAGAUAAUGCCAGUAAGCUUGCCCAGCUUGUUGAAAAAAAACUUGAAAACUACUACAAGAUUGAUGAAAAGAGCCUAAUAAAGGGUAAAACUCAUUCCCAGCUCAUAAUAAUUGAUCGUGGCUUUGAUCCUGUGUCCACUGUCCUGCAUGAACUGACCUUUCAGGCAAUGGCAUAUGAUCUACUGCCAAUUGAGAAUGAUACAUACAAAUACAAAACAGAUGGGAAAGAAAAGGAGGCCGUCCUUGAAGAAGAUGAUGACCUCUGGGUCAGAAUUCGACAUCGGCAUAUUGCAGUUGUAUUAGAGGAAAUUCCCAAACUAAUGAAGGAAAUUUCAUCAACAAAGAAAGCAACAGAAGGAAAGACAUCACUUAGUGCUCUUGCGCAACUGAUGAAAAAGAUGCCCCAUUUCCGUAAACAGAUUACUAAGCAAGUUGUCCAUCUUAACUUAGCAGAAGAUUGCAUGAGUAAAUUCAAGCCUAAUAUAGAAAAGCUCUGCAAAAGUGAACAGGACCUGGCACUUGGAACUGAUGCAGAAGGACAGAAAGUAAAAGAUUCUAUGCGAGUACUUCUUCCAGUUCUACUCAACAAAAAUCAUGAUAAUUACGAUAAAAUAAGAGCGAUUCUACUUUACAUCUUCAGUAUUAAUGGAACUACAGAAGAAAAUUUGGACAGGUUGAUCCAGAAUGUAAAGAUAGAAAAUGAGAGUGACAUGAUCCGUAACUGGAGUUACCUUGGUGUUCCCAUUGUCCCCCCAUCUCAACAAGGCAAACCAUUAAGAAAGGAUAGGUCUACAGAAGAAACUUUUCAACUCUCCCGAUGGACACCUUUUAUCAAAGAUAUUUUGGAGGAUGCCAUCGAUAAUAGAUUAGAUUCAAAAGAAUGGCCAUAUUGUUCCCAGUGUCCAGCAGUAUGGAAUGGCUCAGGGGCUGUAAGUGCUCGCCAGAAGCCCAGAGCUAAUUAUUUAGAGGACAGGAAAAAUGGCUCAAAACUGAUUGUUUUUGUAAUUGGAGGAAUUACAUACUCUGAAAUGCGUUGUGCUUAUGAAGUUUCUCAGGCACAUAAAUCCUGUGAAGUUAUUAUUGGUUCUACGCAUAUUUUAACACCCAGAAAGCUUUUGGAUGAUAUAAAGAUGCUGAAUAAACCCAAGGAUAAAGUCUCCUUAAUUAAGGAUGAAUAGGGAUUUUUUUUUUUUUGGAGAUUCUUAUUAAUAUGUUCAACUAAAAUAGAUCAAGACAAGGUUGCUACCAUGUAAUUUAACACUGUAAAUAUUUUAUGGAAUAAUGAUUUUUCAAACAUACUUCUUAAGGGACUUUAUGAUUACAUAUCUUUGGAUUUGCCAUGUUUAAUAAUUUAAAUAGUGUUGUUGCUUUGUAGAUGAUGAGAAGAAAUGUUAAAAUGCUUUCUAAAAGGAAAUUUUUCUCCUUUGGAACUGAAUAUAUUAGAAUUGUGGGUAAUUUUUCACAACUACCUAUGUACAUAUU